UACAAUCAGCUGAGUUUUGUUUUGAUCUGAUAACUGCGUUUGAGCGUUUUAAAUAAGUGAAAGAAUUUUUUAAUUACAAAAUACCUAGAUUUGAUUGCUCUUAGAAAAUGUUGCUUAGGCAUUUAAUAGGUUCCGCUAAAAGUAAAGUGUAUAAAACAAACCAAACUAAAAGUAUAAGACGUAGCUCAAUACGUGCUAUGAGCUAUGUACAGGGCCAGGAACCAGAGCCAAAAAUACGUGAAUAUUUCUAUUUUAUAGAUCAUGAGGGAAUGCUUUUCUUGGACGAUGCUAAAAUGAAAAACUUUACCUCGUGCUUCAAGGAAAAGAAAUUUCUCAAGUUUUUCUUUAGUCGUAUUAAAUUGAACGACACAAACCGCUAUCGAGGGGACUUUCCGUAUCUAUCACUAUGCGGACGCGAAAGAAAUUUUAUACGCUGCGAUGAUACACCAAUUGUUUUUACACACGUGUUGCAAGGCGAGAAUGGCAAUGAACGGUUAUCGUACGCACAUGGUGGAGAACAGCUUACCACCGACUUUCUUCCACAAAAAAUUUAUAUGAACCCAGAGACAGGUCGCGUUUAUCAUCCAGCCUGGUCCAAAGUAGGUGGCAUUGGUCUGAUACGCUCAAAACUAGCUAUUGAGCUGAGUCGUAACUUCGAAUUUAUGAACAAUGAGGAAGAAGCGCCAAUACAUUUUACGUGGCGUGGCCACCGCUUACAAUUGGAAAAUGAUUGGGUCGCGCAUACGCAGCGCUAUGGAAUGUUUAAACAAGAAGCAUGCAGUUAAAGUCAUAAAUUUAAAAAUCAGGUAAAUUUUUAAUUAUUUUAAAAUUUUUAAGAAUAUUUUGUGUAAUAAAACUAAAUACGAACAAUG